GUUAGUUAUAUUUUGUUCUUGAAGCGUGGUGAGCUGCGAAAGUCGCUUCAAGCCAAAGAAUGCGGUGCCUCAUUGUCUCGUUUUUCUGACACAGAUUUGAAUUCACAUUCGAUGAAUAUGAAAGAGGAGUUUCCAGAAAAUCUGUGUGGCCAACAACCGCAAAUUUAGUACUAGUCAACAGCGUUACAACGCGCACUUUCCUACUCAGUUUCCAAAGAUGGAUCCGGGAAUAGUGUGCUUUCAGCAUUGCGGGUCCAAAGUAUUUUGUUUCUCUCUAGCCGAAACCUGCCCAGUCUGCGAGGAAUCUUUGGAGCAGGCAAAUUUCGAGUUGUUGCCUUUUAGAGUUCCUUACCCGUUUAUUAGAGCUUCCCAGUACCCCUGCGCAGUAGUCAUCAAACCAACGACAGGCGAUUUUUUGAAUGACUAUCUCAACUCUAUGGAUCUUCAUAUAGGCGUGACGACAUCGACGGGUACAAUUGUCGAGUUUGACAAAAACGGUCUGCGGAAACACCGUUCGAGUCACUGGAACCAGUGUCUUUUGGUGGACCGCGCGGCACCAUCCUGGACCGAACAUUGGGACAACACCCUGUGGCAGGUCUGCAAACAGAAGUGCUGGAACGCGAAAACCUAUAGCGAAGAUAAGCACAAUUGUUACAGUUUUGUGCUGACUUUUUUAGUUACUCUGGGAUAUGGGUCGCUUAGCGAAGCGGCUAGAAAUAGAACCGUUUUUUGCGAGAAGUAUAUCGUUCCCAGAACAACAGCCGCAGGAAAGUACAUUUCACUGUAUAGGAAGCUUAAGGAGUAUGGGUUUUACGUGCACAGAAGUAAAUAGUGAUAUUUGGAAACGGUGAAGAUGCUACGAAAGCUACCUUGGAUCUGAGACAUUGGUCAGUCAUCCAUCAUAGUUAAAGUGUUACUGAUUUUGGUAUAUAAAGAAUUUAAUUUCUUAAUUUUGUCAUUGGAAUUUGAAAUAUGAUUUGAAAUAUUUGCAAAAAGUUAAUUGUUUCUUACAACAAACUUUUUUUUAUAUUGCUUUCGUCGCAUCGGCAUUAGUUACUUCAAUCAGGGUUUAGUGUAGAUAUUUUGGGUAUUACUAUUCACUGUAUAAAGAAGCUAUUUUUAGAUUGUAUUUAUAAAGAAUGUGUCAGUGAGCUUUGUUUUUAUACCAAAGGUACAUUGUAAGGUGCUUUUUGUAUUAAUUUAAUGUCGUCAAUAAAAUUUUACUUCCAA